AUGGCAAAGAAGAAGUCAAAGAAUAAGAAGUCCACGACGACAUCAAGUGGUGGUGGAUCGACAGUCGAUGCAGAGACAAUCAAAGAGAUUGAGAAUGAACUACUAAACAAUGUAGGAUCAAAGCAAAAGCAGCAGCAACAGCAACAGCAACAACAGCAACUAUUACAACAACAACAGACUCAACAACAAACACAACAACAAACACAACAACAACAAUUACAACAACAACAACAACAUAGUAUGGAGAGACAGUUACAACAACAACAACAACUGCUAAAGGAUAUGAAGUUAAAGUACAUGGGUACACAGCUCAAUGAGAAGGAUGUCUCGCAACUCGAUGCAAUGCUACGCACGCUACGUGCGUCACAUCAGACAAAGACCUUUUACGAACAGUUACUCGAACGCAAACCACCCUCUGACACGGCACUCUGCUCAAUGCGUCUUGGCAACAACGAGUACUAUCGAGAAAAGUACGCCACUGCCAUCGAAUACUACAACACUGCCAUCGUACUAUCAGCCAACAAUCCACCAUUCAUCAUAUCAAUCCUAAUCAAUCGUGCGAUAACAAAACUACGUAUACAUGACUACAAGAAAUCGAUAUUAGACUGUACAUUGGCAUUAUCUAUUCAACCAAAUUGUAUCAAGGCAUACAUAUGUCGUGCCUACGGAUACUUCUUCACCAAGGAGUUCAAGAAGGCCUUCUCCGAUCAUUACCUGGCCUCUCAUCUCACUCCUCCCAACCUCAAUCUGAAGCGUGCCAUGGGCGUAUCGAACAACAAUCCCAUGCUCUACACAAGGAUAUACGAGAUAACAAGUCGAAAUCCAACAUAUAAAGGACAAUUGGAUUGGAUAAGUGACUUCAACUACUUGGGCAUCGAUGAGGAGCCUUGUCGAAUGAACUUGUUGGUGGCGUACACCAAUAGACAGAUUGAAAAGUCCACAAAGUUGAAGGAGAAGAACAAUCCAACAAUGCCCUCACUUAUACCGGCUGGCGAGUCGCUGUACAAUACCACAUGGUCAGAGUUGGAGGAGUACUCUUCACACAUCAGGAACAACAUGAGCGAGUCACUAUCUUCCAAACAGAAGCUACUAGGCAACACUGACUAUCAAUCAAAGAACUUCAUCUCUGCACUGGCACAUUAUACCAAGGCUAUCAAACUGAAUCCAGAUGAUCCACUUUACUUCUCAAACAGAGGAAUGACAUAUUUGAAGUUGAACAGAUUCCUCGAGGCAAUCACCGACUGCUCAAUAGCAAUCGAGAAACAACCAUCCACAAAGGGAAUGAAGGCGUAUUUGAGACGUGGUACAGGAUACACAGCGAUUGGCGAGUUCUGGGCAGCAGUCAAAGACUUUAGAGCGGCACUCAAGUAUGAGCCAGAGAGUCUUGAGGUACUGGUCGGUCUUCAAAAGACCUUAAAGUUCAUCAAGAAGGACAUCAAAGUUAGCUUGAUCGAGGACCCAAACAACGAGGAGCUCAAACAGAGGCUAGAGUCUGUGUCUGCAGAGAUAUCAAUGUUGAACUUGAAGACAUGUCCACCUCUACAAAAGUCGCCAGUUGGUGUAACAGUACCACCUACCAACAAUGCCAACAAUACUGCCAACUCCAAUACCAAUGCCAACAACGCCAACAACCCCAACAACAAUUCACCAAAGACCAACAACAAUCAUAAUGGUACCAGUGGUGGUAGCGACAACAACAGCAUCAACAUUCAUCGAUCAAUCUACUACAAGCCAAACUCCAAGAAACAGCGCUCUGAACAACAUGACCUCAUCACUUAUUUCACAUCACUCAUCAGCAAGGAGAUUGGACACUUGCCAUCGUCGUACCUUGGCAGAGGCGAGGCCUACCUCCAGUUGGAUGAUUUUGUCCUUGCAUUCAAGGACUACGAGAGGGGAUUAGAGAUUGAACCAAAGAAUCCAGACCUGCUAAGAAGAUACAACCUUGUGUUGCCACUCAUAAAGAAGCAUGCUGGAGGCUCGUCCUAA